AUGAUCAUGAAAAGACACUGCAAAAUAUGAAACAACUCAUUUGCGCUGAAGUAAAUCACUGAAAACUGUUUAUGAACUGGCAUCUCUUCUUGGAAAUGUAAAGCGAGAACUCUUUAAGUGGCGAUUUUUUUUUUUUUUUUAGGGGUGGGGGGGAGGAAAGAAUUCAAUAUCAUGCAGGCUUAGAGUUUUGAUUAUAUCCUCCUUUUAUAUUCCUGGAAAUCACAAACUGUCGUUGCUUAGCAUCUUAGCGCUUUCUUUUUUUGCUAAUAGAUUCCCGUGGUCUGGUUUGGUUGGCUUCUUUUUUUUUUUUUUUUUUUUAUUUUCUUCCUCCUCCAAACAAAUAUUCUUAUUUAAAUUAAAAUGAGCUCUUAUUUUGUCAACUCACUCUUCUCCAAAUACAAAACCGGGGACUCCUUGCGUCCCAAUUACUAUGACUGUGGGUUCGCUCAGGAUCUUGGGGGCAGACCCACGGUGGUGUACGGACCCAGCACGGGGGGCACCUUCCAGCAUCCGACCCAAAUCCAGGAGUUUUACCACGGAGCAUCCUCACUCUCCAGCUCCCCUUACCAACAGAAUCCCUGCGCCGUGGCGUGCCAUGGGGACCCCAGCAACUUCUAUGGCUACGACCCCUUGCAAAGGCAGAGCCUCUUCAGCGCCCAGGAGUCGGACUUGGUGCAGUACACGGACUGCAAGCUUGCUGCCAGCGGCCUUGGAGAGGAGGCGGAGAGCUCGGAGCAGAGCCCUUCUCCGACCCAGCUUUUCCCCUGGAUGCGACCGCAAGCAGCCGCUGGACGGAGGAGGGGGAGGCAAACCUACAGCCGCUACCAGACGCUGGAACUGGAGAAGGAAUUUCUAUUUAAUCCCUACCUGACCCGCAAACGGAGGAUCGAGGUCUCGCAUGCCCUGGGAUUGACAGAAAGGCAGGUCAAAAUCUGGUUCCAGAACAGGAGGAUGAAAUGGAAAAAGGAAAACAACAAAGACAAGUUUCCCAGCAGCAAAUGCGAGCAGGAAGAACUGGAAAAACAGAAAAUGGAAAGAGCCCAGGAGGUGGACGAGGAAGGGGAAGCACAGAAGGCGGACAAGAAAUAAAAGGAUUUUUAAGGACUGAAAGGCAAGCGCUGCUGGGGUGGAAGAGCCCCUGAGCCCCACGUUAAUGGCAGUUAAUGUAAGGGAGGGGUGGGAAAAAAACCAACAAUGCAUAGAAAAGAGAAAGGAAAAAAAAAACCCUUUUAUUGCUGUAAAACAAUAUAGCUGUAAGCACCACUUUCCUGAUUAUCCUUUGAUACAAUGAACAGUAUGCAAAAGUGAUCGGGAGGUCUCUCCUGCCUUUUGCCAGUUAUUAACUAGUGGUAGUGUAACGCAAUAGCUUAUGUAAAACAUGACUGUGAAAUUUUCUCUCUCUCUCUGUCUUUCUCUCUGUCUCUCUCUUCUUUCCUGGGGGGUGGGUUGGUUAACAUAGCUUUCAAUGCUAUAGGAGUUACGUGAAAUUACAUUUGUGCACUUUUUUUUUAUUUUCCACCUUUUUUUGUUGUGGUUUAUCUGUAUGUACUGGAGGUAGCUAUUGAAACAAACAUCCCAACAACAUGAAACUGCCUAUUUAUGCUAUAGUUAUCUCUCUCUUUCUCUCUCUUUCUCUCUUCACUUUCCUUACUUCUGUUCUUUUCUUUGGUUCGGGAUUUUCUUUCUUUUUUUUUUUUUGUUUACAAUUUUUAAAUGUCUCUUCCAAAAAAAAGGGAAAAAAAAGACAAAAAAAGACAAGAAAAAAAGCGUUUUUCUCUCCUUUAGUUAGCAUGCGCACAGUGAAGCAAGUUGUAAAGUGAUCUUUAGGUUAACUGUGAAAAAGAAUGUAUACUGUAUACGUGAAUUACUUUAUUGGGGGAACUAAUGAUAUAUUUUGUUGUUCUUUCAUCACUUUGUUCUAUUGUCUAAACCUGGAAG